GCUGCAUAUGCGAGCAACGGUUUCCUCGUCUCCACGAGAAAAACAAGAGCAAUUUCUGAGGGCCUCACUGACAUCUGCUGUCAUUGUGCUUGACACACACCAUGGAUCCAGCCAACGUUGAUGUCUCUGAGGAGUCAGAGGAACCUGUGGCUGUGGAGGAAGACAGCAGCACCAUCAGACCUGGGCUGCAUUCCUGUCUCCUGUCCUGCCUGUCGGCAGUCACCCUCUUCUUUUUUGGAUCGAUGUUGGGAUUUCCCGGAGGCGUGCUGCUGGGAAGAACAGGGGUCGCUACACUUCGGUCUUUGGAGCUUCUGGCUGAUGACAAGCUACUCAUGGACCACUUAGAAAACUACAUGAACACUGUCACGGACUAUGAUCAUUACAUAUCUGAAAAAAUGAACAUAGCACACAGGAGUGAUAAUGUCCACAUGUUUAACGUCUUCAUAUCAGUUUUGGCUGAGGAGUUUGGUGGCCUGGCUGCGAUCUUCUCUUUACCUGUCGGUCUGGCUGUUGGAUCGACAAUGUAUAAGCUGGUGAUCAAAAAAUCUGGUGAAACAGCUACAGGGAAGGCUCUUUCUGUGGCUGGGCCACUUUGUCUGGUGGUUAUCAGCACAAGCGGGUGUCUUCUAGGUCUUCUGUUGCGCAUGUAUCUAUCCAUUACUUUACCUGUCAUCAUAUGUUUCUUUUUUUUUGUGGUCUUUUUGGGGAUUUUAAUCGCUUUCUUUGGGAAUUGUGGCAGAUGCAGUUUGCUUUUUGGUGUGCUAACAAUAUUUGCUUUCUCUCCACUGAAUACGCCCAUCGUCUUGUCCAUGAUGUAUCUCAUGACAUUUGUGUUCCAGACAAAAUUGAUUCUCUCUGAGUUAGUUCCAAAGACAUCACCCCUGAGGACGUUUGCAAAGUCAUAUGGCUUCGACCUGAUUAUCACUCCAAUAUUACUGUUUUUGAUUAUAACUGAUGUGUUUAACUUUGCAAGACACCCCAUUGUUAUCCUGCAGCAAACAAACACAAGCAGCACAGGCAGCGCUGCAGUGGAGGGCGUUUUUGUUGGUGUUUUGUCCUCUCACUUUCUGAUGGUUGCUGUGGGAAUGUCAUUAUUCUCCUUUAAAGAAGUAACCGGAGCAGCUAAAGUGUGUGCUGGUGCUGUGACUUCAGGUGGAGCAGCUAUCGCUGGGAUUGAGUCUGUUGUGUCUCUGCUGGGUCCAGGUCCCACUAUAGGAGCUCUGAUGGGGGUGGCAGGGGCAGUAGGGGUGACUCUUACUGCAGCUGGGGCAACAGCAUUUCGUUAUGGACAAGUGAUGGGCGGCCAUAGAUUGAUGGGACUGCUUGGAGUGACAGCUGGAGCAGCUGCAGGAGCAUAUCUAGCUUCAUCUACCCACGGUGGGCUGUCAGCUCUCUAUAUGGCUCUGUGUGCUGCAGCAGUUCCAGGUACACUCAUUCUGAACUGGAUGACUGUCGUCCUGAAGAGACAUGCUCGAUGGUCAGUGAUUAACAUCUGUUUCUACUUGUUCAUGGGAGUGCUUUCUGCAGUUUGGGUGUAUUUCGCCAUCCCCAUUCAAGGUGUACUGACUUUUAUAGCUUAUUCGAUUGUUUCUACUGCGGCAAUUGUAGUCCUUGCUUGUGUUUCUUGUGCUUUUGAUUUCUGGGGACUGACGGCCUCCAGCGAUGAGGAGGAAGAUGAGAGUGACCCAUCUUCUCCAGAGGCCCAAAGUAAUAACCGACUAAGACAACUCUCAGACUUAUUUUCAUUGUCCAGCUUAACACAAUCAAAACUGGACAUUCUGGAGAACUUGUACAAUGAUGCCGGCGGAAAACUGGUUCACUUAAGCAAGAGUCUUCGGCUUCGAGCACGUCCAUCUCAAAAUAACUAAGAUCCUGACUCCAGGUAACACAGGCAUAGCCUGUAUCAUAGUUAUCUGGCAGUGAACUGCAGAGACAUUUAUUGUCGCAAUAGCCAGAAAGUGACGAUCAGCUGUGUCAAACUUCAAAGAAGUCGUUCGCAUCUGGAGCUGAUAAGAAACAGAAAUCACCACCAAUGAUAAAAGUCAGGACAGUGAAUGAGUGCAUGCUGAGAUUGUGUGUCUUGUAUUUGGAGAGUAUAGUUUGAUGCUGCUCGUAGCAUUCUUCUUCGUUUUCUGUGGUAUGUCUUUUCACUUGAAGCUUUGUUGGGCCAGAUCUAUCAUCUCAGAGACUGGAGUGAAAAACAAGUUCAAGAUCAUCAAAAUUUGUUUUCUUCUUCUUCCUUGGCUAAAACGGCAAUGUACAUUCAAUGUAUAACAAUCAGUGGAACUGAACCUUAAUAGUUGUGUUUUUAAUCACUGUUAGCUCUGAGCUCCCAGCUCAUUGCCCUGACUGGAACUGUCAGUUUAUUCAAGGCUGGACAUUACAUCUCUGCACUGUGGUUAAAACUCUGUGAGAGCAGCUGAGCAGCAAAGAAAGAGACAGAUUUUGAUGGAAGCAAAAGAGAAAUGGUUGAACUUUUAAAAUCAUUCUGCUGGUUCAUUAAAUCUCAGAUAUGACGUUGAAUGUAAGUCACAAUGAGAGUAUUUUGGACUCUGAGAACAUGUUUUGCUAAGGUAAACAACUCGGUGCUUUUCAAACAAAUGUGUGUCAUGAUGUUGAAUGAACAGGGAAAAUAUGUCAGUUUGUUUUACUACACAUUUAUAUGAAUGUAUUGUUACGGCUGCUGCCGUAUUGUUUGUGGCUUGUGUUGUGUGCGUGUGUGUGCACGUGCAGGUGUGGCUGUUUCUCUCCUCUGCUUCACCUGAGAGAAGCAGAGGAGGGUGGGGGGGGCGGAGGCGGCGGCUGUGUCUCCCCACUCGUCUGGCUCCGUUGCAGUGAUUAACUGCUUGUGUUUGUGUGCUCCUGCUGAGCUUUAGGAAGAUAGCCAGUGGUUUUGUGUUGUUUAGAUAUUAGUUAGGGAUCACCUUUUGCAGUAGUUUUAUUUCCCCUCAUUUCGUUGUGUUCGGCUUUUGGUGUCCCUUAGUUUCGGUAACCCUUUUUAUUUAUUAAACACCUCUGUUUACCUGCAACAUCUGGGUUUUAUGUUACCUCCUUUUUCCUCCUUAAAGA